AUUUUGACGUUUAAUGGUACUUGUUUCACUUGUUUGUUUUGGUUUGGUUGGUGAAAAGGACUGUGUUUCUGUGCGAUUUAUAUUUAUUUACAGAGGACACUUUUAUUUCUUCAUAUCCUUAUGUAUACCUGCCAGAAAAUACUGUAUCUAUCUCCAAAUUAUUCCAUCGACAGUAACUUCAAUUCAAUGACAUUGUAACGCGAAAAUAUCUCACGACUCAAAGGAGUUAUUUCACACAAUGCUUCCCGUGCUGAUGUUCUCAAUGCAGAUGCGAAGGAAGCGCAGGUUCAACUACGAGCAGAUGUACUCCUCGUUGUGCCGCACCUGCCUUAGCAGUAAAGACCUGCAUCCGAUAUUUUACGGAAAGAGUUCUGAGAAAAAACGGUCGGAUGAGUUGCUUAUGAUCACCGGGCUAGAGAUAAAACUCAACGAUGGGAUGCCACAAAUGAUAUGCACCACAUGUCUUAACUUCAUGAACGGAGCCCUAAGAUUCAGGAGAACAGCCGAAAAGGCCAACACAAAGUUAAUCAAUGCAGGCUUCAGAAAAUCAGUAAAAAAACAACGGGAAAUCUCAUCACUUCCUGUUAAUACAAAUGUUAAAAUCAGAACGAUAAUUAUUGAUGAUGAUAAAAUCAAAACAGAUAUAACAGAAAAUGCCUUAUUAGAUGACAUAAGCAAUAACCAUGAUUAUAAUUUUGACAAUACAUACAGUGAUGAUUUUCAGAAAAAUGAUGAUCAUGAUAACAGUUAUGAAAGUCCUAAGUGUAAGAGUAAAAAAGAGAGCAAGGAACCUACAGUGUAUGCAUGUGAAGUUUGCAAUAAGGAAUUUAAAAUGAAGAACACAUACAAAGCUCACAUGAGGUUCCAUACAAAUUUCUGUGUUUGUGAGUUGUGCGGCAAGAAGUGUCGCAACAACAACUUACUGCUGCUGCACAAGCGCGGGCGCCACGGCAUGGAGCGCGUCCACCGCUGCGCCUACUGCGACUACAGCGCCGCCAACAAGGAGGCUCUCAUUAUCCACGAGCGCCGUCACACGGGCGAGAAGCCCUACAUCUGCGACCACUGCGGCGCCUCCUUCCACCGCCGCUCCAACCUCGUGCAGCACAUCGCCAUCCACCUGCCCGAGAAGAACUUCCAGUGCGAGCAGUGCAACAAAAAGUUCCACUCCAAGAAGUUCCUACGCAGCCACAAGUUCAAGUCUCACCAGACUCGCCGCUACACGUACGUCUGCCACCUCUGUGGGUCCCAGUUCACGUCCACGGACUCAGCCAGGAAACACCUGACGAGAGCCCAUGGCAUCCCCAGAGACGCCCAGCCUCCCGUGUCUAGGAUACCUAAUGCUAGCAUCCAUAUGUGAUGAAGAAGUUGGUGGUUGGUGGUAUAGAUGGCGUUGUUUUGUGUAUUUUGAGUGAUAGAGUGGAUGGUUUGCCGCAAGAUGGCGGUAUGUGUCAACUGUGCAUUAAAAAGUGUGUAGAAACUUUAAGAUUUAUUUAUGAAAAAUUAAGUACUUACAUUGUAAUAAUUAUGGUAGUGAUUUUAUCUAUAGUAUUAUACAACACCUAGUUAUUAAGUUAUACAAUAAAUACCUUAUGAUCUCAA